GUCUGCAGAUAAUAGAGAGGGGGCCACCUUCCCACGCAAGCCGGGCAUCAGCAGUACAGUUGUUCAGUGUGACGGAGGAGGCCGCUGCUUAGUUUCAAGCAUUUCACAGAGCCAUGGAGAAGGAGCAGCCUAGAGGAGGGCUUCAUUUUGUAGGGAAGAAGGAUGAACUUGUUGAAGCAAAGCGCUCUUUCAGAACACUAGAGGGUCGGGAUAUACUGAUCAUUUACCACCAGACAGUCUUCUAUGCUAUAGACUCUUACUGCUAUCAUGCUGGGGGAGCACUGGAGAAUGGAGACAUUGAGGAAAUUGCUGACAAGCUGUGCAUAAUUUGUCCAAAACACAAGUACAAGAUUGCUCUUGCCAACGGGGAGGGAAUAUAUAAGGGCACCGACCCCACGAAAAAGCCGGCUGUGCCCAGAUGGUACUCCAAGGGUGUGAAGCAGCGGAUCCACACGGUCACUGAGACCAAUGGGGAUGUCUAUGUCAAGCUCUCUGAGGACACGUGUUGGAUCGAGUCAGACUUCUACCAGGGAGAGAAGGGCAAGGUGCAAAGGGCCAAAGCUGAGGCAGCUGAGAAGAAACUUAGUAGUACAAAAGAUUGAUAAGGAUUUUUGAAUUUUAAGUUUUCUAUUGUCUCCCCCAAUCUCCUUAUGUUAUGUCAAAGUUAUUGCAUUAUGACUCUAUAGAAAUGAUGUCAGACAUUAAAUAACACUCAUCUCAUACUUUACCUCAAGUAACCAUUAGGGCUUGAAUGGCUUAAAAUGGGUCUGUUUACAUUGCUUACAUGAUUUGAAAAUGUUUGACU